AUGCACUCAAACCCCAAUCCCUUCAAACGCGCUGAGCACGAGGUCGUCGCCUGGGGUCCUCCAGAGUACGGCGGCGACUGCAGCACAGUUCAGGAGAAGCUGAAGGAUGUACAGGACAUCCGGGCCUCUGAGGGGGCGUUCACAGCCCUGAGAGGGGAUGGCACCGCGGUGGCCUGGGGAUCACCCCAUUGCGGUGGCGACUGCAGCGCCGUGGAAGGGAGCCUGACCGAUGUGCAGGAAAUUUCAGCUUCCCAGCUCGCCUUUGCGGCACUGAAGAGCGACGGCUCGGUGGUGGCCUGGGGACCUUGGUAUGCUGGAGGUGACUGCAGUCGCGUAGCGGAUGAGCUUACGGAAGUUCGUGGUGUGCAAGCCACUGAGACGGCUUUUGCAGCCCUCCGGGCCGACGGAAGCGUCGUGACUUGGGGAUGUGCAGGCGGCGGGGGUGACAGCAACACCGUCCGCGAGCAGCUGAAAGAUGUGCGAGAGAUUCAAUCAUCGGAGGCUGCCUUUGCUGCCAUCCUGGCCGAUGGAAGCGUCGUGACCUGGGGGGCCGCCAGUUGCGGCGGCGACAGCUCAAGAGUGAAGAGCCAGCUUUGCAAUGUGCAGGAAAUUGUCUGA